AUGUUUUUCGUAUACGUUCAAGACAACAAAGCAAGAAUACCAAUCAAAAACAUUACAAACUUUAUAAACACCCAUAAGCAACCAACAGAUGUUACCAUUGCCUUUGAAGAUCCGUAUAAUAAACUUGUAAUACCAACUAUUGCCAAAAUUUACGAAUUAGCACUUAACUUACACAAUGAGAGUCUCACCCUAAUCCCAUCAUAUGGACUUGUUCCUGAUGAUAAAACAAUAGAAUAUGAAGAAUUCGAAUUCGAGCCAUACAAUUCGAAUAGAGUUAACAUAGUUGCAGUUGGUGGAACAUUUGAUAAACUUCACUAUGGUCAUAAGCUCCUUUUGACAGCCACAGCUUUAUAUGCAAAGAAUAAAGUUAUUUGUGGCGUUUCUACAAAUGUUGCUAAGAAAGAAUUUGCCGAAAAGAUAGAACCACUUCAUAAACGUAUCGCAAAUACAUCAGAAAUGAUUUUCAAGAUUAAUCCAAGUGUCAUCCUCCAAAUUGAGGCUAUUACAGAUGUUGCUGGUCCUGUAGGAAGACCAGGGGACCUCGAUUUACUUGUAGUUUCAAAAGAAACAACAAGCGGAGCUCAAGCUGUUGAAGAAUUGAGAAAAGAGAAGAAUCUUCCACCAAUUGAUAUCGUUUCUAUACCUCUCAUUACUGAAAAUGGAGAGAGAUUGUCUUCUACAAUGUUACGUUCACGCCAAGCAAUAGAUCAAAAUUAA